AUGGCGGAGGAGACGGUGCGGGAGCUGCGCGCGAGCUUCGCGGCGGGGCGGACGCGCCCGGCGGAGUGGCGCGCGGAGCAGCUCAAGGGGCUCAUCCGGAUGAUCGACGAGAAGGAGGCCGAGAUCAGCGCCGCGCUCCACGAGGACCUCGCCAAGCCGCACAUGGAGUCCUACCUCCACGAGAUCUCACUGACAAAGUCAUCGUGCAAGUUUGCGCUCAACGGGCUCAAGAACUGGAUGAAGCCCGAGAAGAUACCUGCGUCCAUAACUACAUUCCCGUCCUCCGCUCAAAUCGUGCCAGAGCCCCUCGGUGUCGUGCUCAUCAUCUCAGCCUGGAACUACCCCUUCAUACUCUCUAUUGACCCAGUCAUUGGAGCAAUCGCUGCUGGAAAUGCUGUUGUUCUGAAGCCAUCAGAAAUAGCGCCAGCUACCUCGUCAUUGUUAGCAAAGCUGCUACCCGAGUAUGUUGAUAACUCCUGUAUUAAAGUUGUGGAGGAGGCGUUCCAGAAACAACCGCACUCUUGGAACAGAGAUGGGAUAAGAUCUUCUACACAGGCAUUAGCCAUCACACAGUUAUUACGAGAUUCUUCUAAUAUAAUCCGAAAGUCCUUGAUAGAGAACUGUAAUGGAACUGUAGCACGCAUAGUGAUGGCAGCAGCCUCAAAGCAUCUAACCCCGGUUGCCGUUAAGAGGAUUGUUGUUGGCAAAUGGGGAUGCAACAAUGGCCAAGCGUGCAUUGCUCCAGAUUACAUAAUAACGACGAAAUCAUUCGCGCCAGAGCUGGUGGCCUCUUUGAAAAGAGUUUUGGUAAGGUUCUAUGGGGAGGAUCCUCUGCAAUCAGCAGACUUGUCUCGUAUUGUGAAUUCGAAGCAAUUCAAGAGAUUGCAAGAUUUGAUAGAAGAAAAAAGAGUUGCUGACAAGAUUGUGUAUGGCGGCGAGGCUGAUGAGGAGCAAUUAAAAAUUGCUCCUACACUAUUGUUAGAUGUUCCCCAAGAUUCAGCAAUUAUGACGGGGGAAAUAUUCGGGCCCUUGCUUCCGAUUGUGACGGUCGAAAAGAUUGAGGAAAGCUUCGACUUGAUCAACGCCAAGCCUAAGCCACUUGCCGCCUACCUUUUCACCAAGAACAAGAAACUGCAAGAGGAGUUUGUGGCGAACGUCCCUGCAGGAGGGAUGCUUGUGAACGACACCGUGCUACAUCUCGCCAACCCGUACAUGCCCUUCGGCGGCGUGGGCGACAGCGGGAUGGGGUGCUACCACGGCAAGUUCGGCUUCGACUGCUUCAGCCACAAGAAGGGGGUCCUGAUCCGCGGCUUUGGCGGCGAGGCGAACGCCAGGUACCCGCCCUAUACGACGGAGAAGCAGAAGAUCCUAAGGGGCCUCAUCAACGGCAGCUUCAUCGCCCUCAUCCUUGCCCUCCUGGGCUUCCCCAGGGAGAAGCGUUAG